UUUCUAGUUCAUUUAUAGCUUGUAGUGGUCAUAGUGUGUCUAUCAGUUUUAUUGGUGGAGUAAAAGAUAGCAGGUAUUUUAUUCCACCAUUUUGUUAUUUGGGUUGUACUGGAAGAGAGCUUUACACUCGUUUUCUUCGAGAUCUCGACUACAUGUAGUGCACAAUGUUGCGGAGAACCUUUGCAGUUGUAGUUUUUGGGGUUUUCAUCGUGUGCUGCCAAAGUUUUAGGUUUCCUUUCUUUCCCGGUGAUAACGCCCCUGAAAGUUAUGAUAAAUUGUGUAAGCAAUGUUCGUGCCUUCCUCAAGAUCUUUCCAACGGAGUUCUUGACUGUAGCCGCCGGAAUGUCGAGAAUCUUCCUGGAGGAAUAAUAUUCCCUACAAAUCUGAAUAUCGUAAUAAUCAAUAGGAAUAGCCUGAAGACGAUUAAUCCUGGCACUUUUAGCAGUGGAAAUAGUGUGCUACAUCUGGACCUUUCUUCUAACCAAAUAGACUUUAUUUCUGAUGGGGCAUUUAAAAAUCUGGAAAAUCUGAAGUAUUUGGAUCUUUCCGAUAAUAAAAUCUGGAGUUUAUCAGACCAGGUUUUUGAGAAGCAAAGUCAGUUAGAAAUUCUAGAUCUAAGCAACAACAGAAUUCAAGAUUUUUUUUACUCAACCCUGGAAUCAUUGAAAAACUUAAAAAGCCUAAAUCUGAAUUCUAACCCUUUGUUCAAUCUACAGAGUGAGAUAUUUCGGUACUUGUCAAAUCUUAGAGAAGUGCAUUUGGAGCGGACAGGCCUAAGGGUGCUGCCAGAUGACUUGUUUAAAUUCAACGGCAAACUAACUAUCCUCAAGCUAAAAGAAAAUUUACUGGAAGAUGUUCCUACAACGUCGAUGGAGACAGCUACAAAGCUAGAGCAUCUAGAUCUCAGCGAAAACCCAAUUAAGGAAAUUAAACCUAAUGCUUUCAAAACGCUCGAAAGUCUUUCUGUUCUGAAGAUGAACAACAUGGGCAAGUUGGAAACCAUUGGCCGCAACGCGUUUCAUGGAUUGCAAAAUUUGAAAGAGCUGCAUUGCAGUUUCAAUUCUUUGCUGACCAGUGUUCACCCAGACGCUUUCAGAAGAAAUGAUACUGGAAAGAUUGUUCAUGUGCAGAAAAUUUACAUGCACCACAAUCGCUUGGAAACAAUGCGUUAUUCAAUGCUGAACUGGGUCAUACUUGAGGAUAUUGAUGUUUCAGGUAACCCCUGGCGAUGUGAUUGUCGACUGCAGUGGUUGGUCAGAAUACGUCUCCCACGAAAAGUCAAAGAUACUAUUAGGUGUCAGUUCCCUCAGAAGUUCCAAGGACGACCAGUAUCCUCCUUGCAAGAGAAAGACUUUGUGUGUGGUUUGGAGCUCAGAGUUGAUCUGAUCAUAAUCUAUGCCCUGAUGACAUUUGCUUUGUUUGUCAUCACACUAGCAUUCUGUUCGUACCUUUUGUAUAAGAGAAGCUUCUGUCUAAAACCCAGAGCUCACAUGCAGCAAGGAUACACUCGCAUCAAAUCCAAAAAGCAUAGUGUAGAUCUUGAAUGGGAUUAUAGUGCAGAUCCAUAGAAUAUCAAAUCCUUCAACAAUAACAAUGGGAAGUCUUCAUUGCAAAAACAUGGAUUUACCUUACAAACAGCGAUAAUAAUGGUAAAUUAUAUGAUUCCAAUUUUCUUAUCCGGUAGUGUCUUCGAAUGAGCUCAGUAUUUCUGUAUUAAUCACAUCUAACGAAGCCAUGUAUUCGAUGUAGGUGGUACAGCUAUAUUGGUUGGUUUAGUCGCUCUGACCAAGAUAAUUAUCAAUGACAGAUAAAUCACACGCUCAAACAUAGACCUGAUUGUAUAUGUGCUCUGUUUAUUUGUUGUAAUCAACAGAUUUGAUUAAGAGCUCUUUCG